CAUUGUAUUCCGUAUGCCGUCUAAUUAUAAAAUUGGCUGAAAAUGCCAGGCUCCUCUUAAAAAGUGUAAAAAGAAAUAUUGAAAUGGAACAGUAGGAGGGUGUGGUCACAAUGAUCUUAAGAUCAAGAUGGUGGCCUUGAAAAACGGGACAAACUGUCAAGUUUUCUAACAGCUAGAUAAGAGAGAGGAGCUAUCUAAAGCAUCUCUAAAGGCUAGUGCAUCAGCUCUGUAAAGUUUGGAAACUUGAGUAUACUCUAUAAUAUUAAUUUUGAGUGAAUACAUAGCCGAAUGUGAUAAGAGGAGACAGUACAUGACUGGUUUUACUGGCUCAGCUGGUAUUGCCGUGGUAACCAGUGAACAGGCGUUACUAUGGACUGAUGGCCGAUACCAUAUACAAGCGGCUGAUGAAUUAGGGCACGAGUGGACGCUGAUGAAACAAGGUGUUCCGAAUGUACCUACUAUUAUGGAAUGGGUUAAGAAGGAGAUGAAGCCUGGGAGUUUUAUUGGCUAUGAUCCUUCUCUUAUAUCAGAGGAGCUUUAUCAGAUGUGGAAUGAUUUCCUUGAUGGAUGUGGUAUUAGUCUUUGUGCUGUACUGGACAAUCUUGUUGAUCAAGUUUGGGAUGAUCGUCCUCCCCCACCUAAUAAUCCUGUCUUUAGCCAACCGAUUGAAUAUUCUGGUCAGUCAUGGCAGGAUAAAGUUGAAAGGAUUAGAGAAAAGCUAAAAGAAGAAGGUUGUUCAGCUUUAGUCUGCACAGCUCUUGAUGAAAAUGCUUGGUUGUAUAAUCUCAGAGGCUCUGACAUUGAGUAUAACCCAGUCUUCUUUAGUUAUUCUAUGGUAACAAUGGAUGAUGCCAGGUUAUAUUUACUUAACGAGUCUGCUCUUACUUCUGACGCUACCUCUCAACUGUGUAUAGGAGAAGUGGGAGGAGUUAUCUUACGUCCUUAUAAGGAGAUAUCGAGUGACAUCAUUCAACUCCUAUCAUCCACCGAGGGAAAGAUUUGGAUCAACUCUCCUUCUAGUCAAGGUUUGUGCUCACUUGUUCCUAAGGAUCGCCGAGUCAACAAACUGAGUCCGGUUCCGCUCAUGAAAGGAAUCAAGAAUGAGAAUGAGAUUAAAGGAAUGAAGCAAGCACAUAUAAAAUGUGCUGUCGCCUUGUGCGAGUAUUACAACUGGCUAGAGAAUCAAAUCAAAUUUGGCAAAGAAAUAACCGAACUUGCUGCUUCCGACAAACUAGAGACAUUCAGAAAAGAACAGGAUUUUUAUGUGAGUCCGAGUUUCCCGACAAUAUCAGCCUCUGGAGCACACGCUGCCCUUUGUCACUAUCGUCCAACAGUGAAAACUGAUAAACUGAUAACAGACAAAGAGAUCUACCUUUGUGACACCGGCUGUCAGUUCAGAGAUGGCACUACUGACGUAACAAGGACUAUGCACUUUGGGAAUCCCACGGACAAGCAAAAGGAAUGCUUCACUCGUGUUCUUAAAGGUAACAUUGCAUUGUGUACUGCCGUGUUCCCUGAGAAAACCCCUGGUCCAGCUCUUGAUGCUUUUGCUCGUCUGCCGUUAUGGAAGGCGGGGCUCAACUAUCGUCAUGGAACUGGUCAUGGUGUUGGAGCAUUUCUUAAUGUACAUGAAGGUCCCCAUGGAAUUGGAGGGUCCCGUAACUAUAGUGAGCCGUUAUAUGGAGGAAUGUUUGUAUCUGAUGAGCCAGGAUAUUACGAAGACGGCGAGUUUGGGAUCAGAAUUGAAAACAUAGUCCUUAUCAAACCAGUUGAAACUAAAUAUCAGUUUGGUGGAUCGCCCUACCUUACUAUGGAGCCCGUUACCUUGGUUCCUAUACAGCUAAAGAUGAUAGCCCCUGAGCUCCUCACUGAAGAUGAAGUGUCUUGGUUGAAUGAUUAUCACACUCAAGUUCGUGACACCCUUUCUCCUGUCCUCAUAGAUCAAGGAAGGACUGAAGCCCACCAAUGGUUGAUUAAUGCUACACAGCUGCUGGGAUGAAUGAGGAAUGUGGAGCAAAGGACUACACAGUUUUAUAAACUAUUUUUUGUACUUUUUUGUUACAUGAUAAAGUUAUGAAAAAUAAUAA